AUGUCGGCAAUCUCCUGCUCCUCUGCCUCUAUGUCGGCUGUCGCCACCACCACCAUCACCUCCGAUGAAGGGUUUGCCAAACUUUUGGGAUCCACUUGUUACCGGCGGCUUGUGAACUCGGCUGUGAUUUACCUCCAAGAUCGUUCUCCUCAGUCUACAGCGACUCGCUUAACCUCCAUCACCAGCAGCGACUGGCAGGCCAGUCGUGCCUACAAGAAGAAGUGGCCUACAGAAGUCAUCGUCCGAAAAGGAAUAAGGAAGUUUUGUAGUAUCGUAUGUCGCGCACUGCGAGCGGCGGGCUAUCACCUAGCGGGACCCGGAGAGGACGAACUCAUCUUGGCGGUUCUCCAUGACGAGAGUGUCCUGUGCGCCUUCCUGUCGCUCAUUGGGGGGAGGUCAAGACGCGCUGCAAGUUGUCUCUGCGAUUUCGACCACGUUGCCGCAGUACUUUGUAUGGCAAAGGACACAGCCGUGCGUCGGAGUUGUCUGAAUAAGAUCAAAUUGGGCCUCUCGGAUGUGUUGGGGAAAUUGGCUGUCUAUAUCGCCAACUCGUUGAUAUCGAACGAGACGGCGACAAGGCGCGAAGCAGCGUGGAAAGCAGCGCAAGUGUCGGCGAAAGGGCGUCGGGAAGAAAAGGCGCGUCGAACAGCAGAGUUCAAGGCCCUUGAACUCUCGAUCGAGGUCGCUUUAAUUGCCCAGCAAGCCCGAAAUGAGGGAGCGAGGUCUUCAGCUGGUUUGCCGCCGCCGCCGAUUCUUCUCAACCAACUUGGUCAAGCGCCAACCUCAGUGCCACCACCGCUCCAAGAGCAGGAACCAAACUUAUUAUGGGUGGAGCUGUUCGGACCACUGGAGUACUCAACAAAGACCAACCCGGGGCUUGGCACAGACGAGUGUGAUCGCGCUCCACUACGUCCCAUCAAUACACGAUAG